CAUAAAUGUGAUGGGUGACAACAACGCGACAUAACCUGCAAAAAAGGCCGGGGUCAUCGAUUAAUAGGGUGGUUUAAAGUACUUUUUAGACGGUUCUAGUUAAACUCGCCAAGAUUCAGUCACCUCCAGGGAAUACGGCGGGCCAGGGCGCAAUGAAGGAACCUGAGGCAGAUCCGAAGAACAUCAUAAAGAGCAGAGAACUGCUCUAUAGAUUGAUGAUCAGUCAGCUGUUCUACGAUGGUCAUCAGACUCUAGCCGUCCAGCUAUCCAAUAUGAUACAGGCGGAUCCACCAUGCCCACCCUCGGAUCGACUGCUUCAUUUGAUGUUGAUCGGUACUGCUCAUGAACCGGAUCGUUCUAAGAAGGAUAAUAGCGUCAACUUAUCCUCGUUUACAUCGAGUUUCGACAACACCUUAGGUCCUGGGUUAGACCUAGAAUUUGAGACAGAAGCUCAGACUCAAGCUCCAGAACCAGCACAAUAUGAAACGGCGUACGUCACAUCCCAUAAAGGAAACUGUAGGGCUGGAGCUUUCUCAGUAGAUGGUCAGCUGAUAGCUACUGGUUCUGUAGAUGCCUCGAUCAAGAUUUUAGAUGUAGACAGAAUGCUGGCCAAGUCUGCACCAGAAGAGAUUGCACCUGGAGAUCAAAGUGGAGGUCAUCCAGUUAUAAGAACUUUGUACGAUCACUUGGAAGAAGUAACAUGUUUGGAGUUUCAUCCUAGGGAGCCUAUACUUGUGUCUGGCAGUCGUGACUUCUCUGUGAAGUUAUUUGAUUUUAGUAAAGCCAGCGUUAAGAAGGCUUUCAGGACCAUCACAGAUGCAGAUCAAAUUCGAUGUCUAUCUUUUCAUCCAACUGGAGAUUUUCUUAUAGUUGGGACCAAUCAUCCGAUAGUUAGAUUAUACGACGUAAAUACUGCACAAUGUUUUGUGUGUAGCAUACCGAAUCAUCAGCAUACAGCCGGAGUAACGAGCAUCAAGUAUUCGCCGGAUGCAAAGACUUAUGUAUCGGCAGGAAAAGACGGAAGCAUCAAACUGUGGGAUGGGGUGUCAAAUCGAUGUGUGAAUACUUUUGCGAAAGCGCACGAUGGUUUCGAAGUAUGCUCAGUGAUGUUCACAAGGAAUGGCAAGUAUAUAUUGUCCUCAGGAAAGGAUUCCUUGAUAAAGUUAUGGGAAUUAUCUACUAGCAGAUGUCUAAUAGCGUAUACAGGUGCCGGAACUACAGGUAGGCAGGAACACAAGGCACAGGCGAUCUUUAAUCAUACCGAAGACUAUGUGCUGUUCCCUGACGAAGCCACUACCUCGUUGUGUGCAUGGAAUUCUCGUAAUGCAUCGAGAAAACAGUUGCUGUCAUUAGGUCAUAACGGUCCUGUGAGGAUGAUCAUACAUUCACCAACCGCGCCUGCAUUUUUGACAUGCAGCGACGAUUUCAGGGCGAGAUUCUGGUUCCGAAGAAUGCCAACGCAUUAACGCCUUACUGUUAAAAGACACUAAUUGCGGAACUCUUUCUAACAAUUUCUGUUUUACAGAGUAGAGUAUACGCAGAGAUAAAGACAUUUAAGAUCGGAUAAACAAAAAAUAGGUAUUACGUAUUUAUGCAACUUUCUAUUUUAUUUAGAUUCUA